AUGCCGCCCAUUCCCAUUUAUAGCCAAAGUCCAAUCAGCGCGGCCGCGAAGCCGACUGGUGUGACCCCAGAGACUGCCCCUCCGGCCGAUGUCGUCGACCAGUCCAGACAGCAACCCGCAACAGCAACAAGAGCCCGCUCGGCUGUUGAAGGGUCUACAUACCCACAAGCCCGGCCAGGCCAAGCGCCGUACGCACCGGUACCUACCGGGACUGCUCGCGCCACGCAGGAGCCACCUGUCCGUCCCACACCAACCACCCGGACCGAGGAUGACGGCGGUCCUCCGGCGCCGCAGCCCGGGGCCGUCCCAGUGCCGGGAAGCGGGAGCGGCCAUACGUCGUACCUCCCGCCGCCGCCAAAGGCAGGCGAGAAAUUUGUUCCGCCAACACAGACGGCAGCGCCACAAGGGCCUGGAGCAUCCUUCCUGCCCCCUCAGAUGAACAUCCCGGCGCCAACCAUGCCAUACGCUCAACGAGGUACAGCACCGGCAACCGGGCCGGCCUACUCUCAGGGGAAUCCAGACGAAGCUCUCGAGCACCCGCCUGGAUAUCACCAGAACACCAGCGCGGCAGACAUGCCUAGCUAUGCCCGUCCGCCGGCCUCUACCUUCUCCUCCUACGAGUCUGGAAGCACGCCGGGAGGACUGGGCAACGAGGACGAUGAGGGAGUCUGGGACACGGCCCGAAAGUUCGUCCAGACGGCCGGCAAGAAGCUGUCUGAAGCCGAGAGCGAAGUCUGGCGGAGAAUAAACAAGAACUAG